GAAUAUAUUACGAGAGUUUCUAAGUAGGCCGGUUUUCCUCUUGGCUGCACGUUGUCGCAACGGCUUGUCGUCGCAACUGUCGACUCUUGGGGUGCAGUGGUGCACAAGUGCCGAAAAUAUUCACCGAUUGCACAUUUUCCCGCAGUGUAUGUACAGCAAUGAAUAUGUAAAGCAUUUUUUACCCCGUCCGUUGCGAAUUAAAAUUUAUGUAAAGUUAUGUAAACUAGGUUUGAUUAAAUGGUAAUUUCGUUAAUUAAUUUACGAAUAUUGAUAGCAGAUAGGCAUAAUGUAUGGUAAUUAGUAAUCUAAUAUUCCGCCGCGUCUGCUCGGCGUUGUUAUGAACGAACUGGUUUCAGGGGACAGUCAACAAUGAUCCCACUGUAGUUCAGAAAUUAGUUUGCACGUCAGUCGUACGUGGUAAUGAAAUGAAUUAACUUAAACAAUGGUCAGUGAGUAGUCCAGCGUGCGUGUCGUCAAGAUGUGAAAUAUUAAUCUGUCAUUAAUACAAACGAAAUCUACGCAGACUGGUGAUAUGCGAGGGAGUCAUUAAAACAACGCUUGAAUUCGACAUGAGAGCCAGACGGAAGGGAACCAUCUCGUCAUCAGAUUAUCAUGCGAAAAGUGCAGAAUUUCGGCGGUUUGGGUGUGAGGUCUAUGGAUAGACCUGGUGACUAUCCAGACGACAUGGAGAGCAUGUGGGGAAUGGACGCCGGUGCAGAAUGCGAUUGUCCGGGCCCGCCGCCGGAAUUUAUGCUGCCGCCGCCACCGAGACCACCUAUUCUUCAGCCCGCCGAUCCCAUGUACUGCUCGGAGGACCCCCUGCCGAUAGAAACAUGUGAUGCACUACCGUUGAUCGACGCCAGCUACAGGAGCAGUCCCUCUUUCCAAACCUCAGCUGUGAUAGUCUUGUGUUCCGUGCUGCUGGGCCUGGCCGUCUUCAUAGGAAUUAUAUUAGUCUGGAAACAUAAGAGAAAAGUACAAAACUUCCUGCCCUGUAAGACCUCCCCGCAAAACAACUGUGAUGGUCCCAACGCGCCGGCGGUGAUCUACGAGGACCUGAUGGAGAACACGCGCCCGCCGCACAGCCACCACACCGGCGGCCGGCAUAUCGUUGCUCCAUCGAUAGAGAUGAUUGAUGUGAAGAAUAAUAUUCAUUACCCGAGCGGAUACCCGAUAUCCACGCAUCCACCCGUAUUUCUGUGCUCGUCGCCGGGACCGGAUCCGUACUGCUCGCAGGACCUGUACAAUCCCGUCUACGAAGAGCUGAGCGAUGCCGAUAGUGAGCUGGCACCAGCGCCGCACAGCGAGGACGAGUUCGCCGAAGAUGAACUAAGUCUAGGCGGUGAUGGUGACCGCCGCCUCCAUGUGCCGCAGCCUGCUUACCGCACCGAGCCUCGUCGUGAAGUGCCACGUUUUCGCCGCCCGCAUGAACCCCUACCGCCCAUUCCGGGCAGUAAGCGAUAUCGCAGCUUGGAGCGUCGGCGGCAGGAGUUUCACGAGGGCAUGCUGCUCGACGCGCUGCUACAACUGUACCCGCGUGUCGGCAGCGUGGGUCCGUCCGGCCGACGCCAGAUACCCAGCAUCACACAAAGACUGCAGUGCUUGUCACCGACGCCAGGCCCCUACGAGACUGUUCCGGUGAUAGGCCACCUCGCUACCUUCCGGCCGGUGCCCAAGCCCUACUCGCAGGACUCUGCCUUUGGCUCGGACUCUGGCUACAGUAAUCACACGAGUGGCACUCGUGGUUCCAGCCGGGGGCGGCGUGAUCCACGACGACUCUCGCAGCUCAGUGCCGACUUGGCGCUCACCUAGGAACACUGCAAUCCAGUGAUCGCGUUUAUCAUUAACUUGUGAUAAUAUUCGAGUAUAAAUCAUUUUGCACCGUACUUACCACGCAGUCCAUUGAGGAGGAUAUCACGUGUCAAUUGUGUAUACAAGUUCCAAUAUGGCUGCCCGACUGUUACGGCAAGCUCUUCGUCCAUCCAGCUCACACCAGCAAUCACAUUCCAAGCGUUACACACGCUGGAUGGACUGUAACAUAGACUACACACUUAAACACACAUUCACACUCACCCACACCUUGUAAAUAUUAAUUAAUUACUUUGUAUAGAAACCAAAUCAUGCUAAUUAACUCGGGACUAUUUCGGCCAACCAAAGCUAUAAAGAUUUUUCUAUUGUAUCAACUUGAUUGAACUAGUAUUAGGCUGAAAGGGGAGGGAAGUAAGACGAAGGCAAGACUCCACAUUACAUUUGUACAUUUUGUUGCGGUAUUAUUUAUUUUUCUCUGUACAUAGAGCGCACUUGAUAAUUUAUGGAGAAACUCGGCGAUAUAUUUAUUCAUUUCCUCUGUUAGCGAACACUGAACAAGUUGAAAACUUUUCAAGAGCUGUCUCACAUUUACGCGAAUGGCGUCACGGGCUGGCAGCUUUGCUGUACAGUAAAUAUGUACACAAUUUAUAUACAUACAUUCGCAGCGUGCUGCGCGGAAAAAUCAGUUGCGAGGGGAGCGUGCACACGUCAAGCGCGCUCCGAAAUUUCACCUGUCUCCAUUUCAUAUAAACUACAACUCUUACACACGAAUUUACAUUCUGCAUAGGCCAGUCAGAUUCAAUAAUUUAAGACUUGCGACUUGCAUUCUUCUCACUGUAACGAUACCUACCUACAUGCGUACAUAAAUUAGUUGAAAUCGAUGCAAUAGACAUUUACCUAGAAGACACUCGUACAUAUAUAGGAUUUAAUUAAUUCAAGGCGAAAAUCAUGACAAUUUGUGCACAAGAACACACAGGGUACAUCAAGCGUAUUUGUAGGCGAACUUUUGUUAUAUUUGUCAGUGUUUGUUGUAACACAGUUUUUGUACUAGUCGGAUGAUUUGUUCGCAUGGAUGCACUUUCGUUACAAUCUGUUUUAAUGUUCAUGAUUGUCGGAGGGGAUCGAUGCAAUGAAUUAUUAUUUUUUGUUAUCAAAAAUUUGUUUGUAUUUUAUUAUAUAUGAAAUAUAGUGAAAUUAAUUUAUAAAAA